UAAGCAGAGAUGAAUAUCUUCAUGAUCCUGUUGUCUGCUCUGCCUGUGGCAAUUUCACUACAAAUUAAUUUAAACAAUGAACAAAUUUUCCAGGACCGGACAGUCAUUCAACUGUUGGAAAAAAAAGUUGGACUUUCGAAAGAAACUAGACAAGACAUAUCUCCCACAUUGUCCUGUGGAUCAACAUAUACUGAAGUCACUUUCCAGAAAAGCGAACUCUUAGCCUGGAAUGUGGAUAUUCCCAACAUACGCCUAAAGUACAGUACGUGUGCCGAGCUUCUGCACAGCAGUGACACAGUAACAGUGAGAUGGCAGAACGGAAUGGCAGAAUGUCGAAACAUAAUAACUAAAACUGAUGAUAUGGUGACAUAUGGGAACACAAUUCACUUGGUUCCUGAUGCAUCACAGGUUAUUUACAGAGAAGAAAUUUUUGUGAAUGUUAAAUGCAGUUAUCCUCUGAAUAUGAAUGUAUCUCUUGAAACCGGCUUGAUGCCUGACCUCAGCAAACUAUACAUGGACAUUGACGGCAAUGGACAAAUUACAGUGGCCAUGGCUUUGUACAAGGAUCCAGGGUACAGCACACCAUACGAAGAACCAUUCGUUAAAAUAUCAACAAAAUCGAAGCUGUACGUUGGAGUAUUUAUCGAAGAAAAUCAAUCAUUGUUCCACAUUGUAUUGAAAAAUUGCUUUGCCACCCCUACAAAUAAUAUUUAUCACCCAACAAAGUAUUUCAUCAUUGAGGAUGGAUGCCCUAAUACAAACGAUGGCACUGUCAGUGUGGCUGCUAAUGGUAUCGCAAGUGAAGCACAGUUUUCUGUACAAAUGUUCGAAUUUAUUGGUGGCUAUAUGACGGUCUUCCUGCACUGCGAGGUUUAUCUCUGUGAGAAGAAUUUAUUGUGUUCACCUACCUGCCCAAGAACUGGUUUGCGGAGUGAAACACUUGAAACCCAAAACACGCUGCGUGUAGGGCCCAUAGUCAUUCAAGAACGCAACAGCGGAACAGGAACGUGCCUAAGUAAACUGACUUUUGCUGCAUUUCUAAUAGCAUUUUAUUUUUAUAUAAAAUAAAAAACGUAUAUUAGUCACCAUUCGACAUUUUUGUGAA